GGGUGCAAUAUUUUCUUUGAUCUGUCGUGCAAUUUCCCAACGCUGUGUACUGUGGAGGCGGACCGAGGUGGUGGCUGCUCCGGAAUUUAAUGGGUGUUUUCCCGUGGUGGGGGUGUGUCUAGUGCAGGGGUGCUGUCUUCUAUUUUAUUAGUGCUAACUGGUUACAUCCGCCGUUCUAAAGUUAAAUUAUGUUACAGAAGGUGUUGCUCUCUGGUUAUCGUAAGCAGCAUCUGGUGGACUCGGAUGUGGCUGAUUUUUUCUUCUUUGUGCUGGUUUCUAGCUACUGCAAUAAAUUGAUUUUUUCGGCAAGCUGCCUGAACGAAGGGAUCCAGGACGAAUUUCCUUUCUUUACUUCAAUUGUGAUUGCUAGCGGAAAUCGAUUUCCAUUGUAGGCCAGCUUGAAUCAAUGCUUUGCAGUAUCAUUCUUGCUAAAGUGUUGCUUUAUUCAUCCAUCGAAAUAUUUCCAGCUUAGUGGCAACGGUAUUUAUAGAAUACAUACCACAAUAGGUGUGGGUGAUUGCGGAUCCACUUGAGUAAGCCCCGGUAAAGGUAAACAAGUCACAAUUGAACGAACGGAAGAAAGAGCCGGCAAAAAUCGACGGUCGCCAGUGUAAGUGUAAGUGGUGGUAUUAGGCCGUGAAAAAGCCAACCAUAACAGGAGAAGCGGACGCCGUUAUUGGGCGUUGACAGGACGGUGCAGGUGUGAUAGUAGAAAAGUGUUUUCAAUUGUCCAUCAGCCCGGCCGAGCAGGACCCGACUGGUCGGUAAACACAGCGUGCUAGUGCUAGUGAUAAAGAAGUUAUCAAGAAAAGAAAAAAACAGCGCCAAAGCGAAACGAAACGAAACGAAACCGGCUACGCGGCGCGCGGGUUCACACUACGACGGAAUAGUGCACUAGGAACUGCAAACUCAGAUUUCAAUGAUGGCGGAAGCAGUCGGCCAGCCGAACAAUGUCGCCGCCCCGGGAGCGGCCGGUCCCGUUGCGAACGGAGCCCCAGCCAAUCCGGGCCCGAACAACGGUGUGGUCAACACUAACCCCAACGCGGAGGUUAUUCGGGGCCAAGUGUUCGAGGUAGGGCCCCGCUACACCCAGCUGGCCUACAUCGGAGAGGGUGCCUACGGAAUGGUUGUAUCUGCAGUAGACACCGUGUCAAAAACAAAAGUUGCCAUCAAAAAAAUUUCCCCCUUCGAGCAUCAGACCUAUUGCCAGCGGACGCUGCGUGAAAUCAAAAUUCUCACCCGAUUCAGACACGAAAAUAUCAUAGACAUUAGAGAUAUCUUACGGGUGCCUAGUAUAGAACAGAUGAAAGAUGUAUAUAUUGUUCAAUGCUUAAUGGAGACUGAUCUAUACAAACUACUGAAAACACAGAGACUAAGUAACGACCAUAUCUGUUAUUUCCUGUACCAAAUUCUCCGUGGUCUCAAGUACAUUCACUCGGCCAACGUGCUGCAUCGCGAUCUGAAGCCGAGUAAUUUGCUGCUAAACACAACUUGUGAUCUGAAGAUUUGUGACUUUGGUCUGGCGCGGGUGGCUGAUCCGGAACAUGAUCACACUGGCUUUCUGACGGAAUACGUUGCCACCCGGUGGUACCGGGCGCCGGAAAUUAUGCUAAACUCUAAGGGCUAUACCAAAUCCAUCGACAUCUGGUCGGUUGGCUGUAUCCUGGCGGAGAUGCUCAGCAAUCGUCCCAUCUUUCCCGGCAAACACUACCUGGACCAGCUGAAUCACAUUCUCGGCGUGCUCGGUUCACCCUCCCAGGAGGAUCUGGAGUGUAUAAUUAAUGAGAAGGCUCGCAGCUACUUGCAGUCACUACCGUACAAACCAAAGGUUCCGUGGUCCCGGUUGUUCCCGAACGCCGAUCCUAACGCGCUGGACCUGCUCGGCAAGAUGCUCACCUUCAACCCACACAACCGAAUCUCGGUCGAGCAAGCUUUAGCGCAUCCGUACCUUGAGCAAUAUUACGAUCCUGCUGAUGAGCCCGUAGCGGAAGAACCAUUCCGCAUCGCGAUGGAGCUGGACGAUCUUCCAAAGGAGACAUUGAAGCGAUUAAUCUUCGAGGAAACAUUACGAUUCAACCAUAAUGAUGAUCUCCCGGAUGCCAUGUAAUUUCCUCCCGACUUACACGGUUCGAGGCAUCGCGAGAAGUAUUUUUCUUCCACCGCUAUCAACAUUAACAACAACGGCAAGUAUCCGGCAUCCGUCGCGCGUCAAGUCAGUGCAGUGCGCUAUGCCCGUCAAACAACAAAACUGUCUCCGGCGUAUUGUGUCGGAGGAAUACAACACUUCCUCCGUGUUGUGAGUACCUACCUUUUCUGCCGAGGAGUCCUGCAGCAGCGGAAUAGUUAAGUGUAAAGUGUGACUCUGAAGCAAAAUGUUUCGUCUAACCAGUUUUCACCACCUGACAGUCAGUGGUGAGCUCACUCUUUAUUCGAGGAAAUGUUGAUUAUUAUGAAAUGUGAUUUUUUUCUUUCUUUUCUGUGCAAACCGUUUUACCUAGAAGAGUGCGAUCAAAAAGAAGCAGUAAAUUUAAGGAAGAAUAAUGCAAUGUCAUUUAGUUCGAUUAACUUUAGAGCAAUUUAUCUGGGGAAAUCCUGAGGCGACUUUCCCCGCCCAUUCUGUUUCUUUUGGCGUAGGAAAUUAUUAUCAGUAUGUAAGUAAGUUGUUCACAUUUCACACGCAUGUUUUUCGUUUCGAUAAGUAAGGUUUGUCCCCAAAUUGUGUAAGGAUUUUUUUUACAUACUUGGAUUGUUGCAAGCGAGUAGGAAAUUUUUUAUUUUAAAUUUAAUAUUAAGAGGAAAGAUAAACAUAGGUAAACCAAAAACACGAAAAAAAAACUAACAAAUUAAGUAAAAAGCUUGUAGAAAAUAAGGUUCUUUUUCUGUUAGCGGUUGAAGUCUCUAAAAGUUUCAAAAGCAUCACAGCAAUUUUCAAAGUUUACUAUCGGCGCUCAGUUUGUACGUAAUAUUACAAUCGCAUAUAAGCUUCUCUGAUACAGUAAAGUGGGUGCAUUUUGGCAUUGAAUCUUUUUCAGUACCGCAAAUUGUAUUACGACCGACAGUUUUUUUCAAACCAACCGAUGUUAUGUUUCGAUUUGCAAUCUCAUGUUUAACUCACCAUCAUUCGCGUUGAUUUUUGUUGUGUACACAGGAGUCACGUAUGUUUGAUAAAUAGGGUUUAAAUCGAAUCGAAAUGCUAACGCACUACCAGUGAAAAUGGCAAAUCGGAUUCCGCUAAAAAUAUUCCUGUAAAUCUAAAUUUUUCCGCGACCGGCUUGUUCGAUUUGUCGUCGCUUUGUUUCAUCGUCAGUGUGUGUUGUUUACCGGUUAACUUGUGCGAGAAUGAAACCUCGUUUCUCCGUUCAGCCCUUGUUGUCGUUUAAUGAUGAUGGGAAUGUGUUUUAUAUCAAUUAGUGAAAUAAUUACUUCAUGGUUUCAAAAUCGUGUAGAAGAAGCCUACCUACCACAGGCAGCUAAUGAAUUGAGGUGUUAGCUUUCGAGGCCAAGCUGCUUGGCGCUGCGAGCGGUGUUUCGGGAUUUGUUCAUCGGUUCGGGUUUGAUUUUCGAUUGCUUGGCGAUGGCAGCCUUAUAGUUUCAUUGUGUAUUGCUAAUUCAAUUAUGGCUCAAUAUUAAUUUAGAACUACAAAACCUUAUCGAAAGUUUUGUAGUGGUGGAAUGACAUUUAGUGGUUUGAUGUUCAGCUUUUGUUAAAUUAGAUUUCGUUCGAUUUUAUCUUUUUCACGAAGUCCCAAAUCAAUUUCUUUUACACUCAAUUUGCUUUUUACAUGGUUUAUUUCAAUUACUUGCAUAUUCCGGAAUUUUCGGAAUUUGCGUGAUUUUAACGCGACAUGCUCCAAACAAUUUAUCGAAAACAAUCUUAUUAGAUUUCUAUUCGUAUAUUCUUUAACGUCCAAACUUUGAUACCUUUUUGGAAUUCUAUGGUUUGUAUUAUAGUUAUGUUUCCGUUGGAAAAUUAAAGUGUGCGUUCAAAAGAUGAUCGGAUUUUACAGCCUAUUUCCUAAAUCCGAACUUUAACUUGCUUAUUUCGCCAAUGCUGAACCUUAUACCAGUUAAAAAAAGGUUUGGGUAUCUAAUAUGAUGAAUGCUAUUUUGCAAUCCGAGCUGACGGCAUACAUGGUAAACACUACAAAACAGACUUUUAGAAUACACAAUUGUUAUUCCAUAGAUUUUGAAAUUUAAUAUGACGACUGGUGGUUGCACAUUAUGCACGAAAAUCUUCACAACAUGGACUGUUUUGAAAUGCGUUUUGCGAUUAGAAUUAAUAAUUCUUCGCUUGGCGUUAUUUUGAAAUCCAAGAUGACGGUGGUUGUUUAAGGUAUUGCAUCAAAAGCUCUUCACAAUGGUCUUUCUAAACGAGAAUGACCCAUGGGUCUCAUGAAAAACCUUAUACUAUGAUUUGUUUUGGAAUUGGGAUAAAUUUUACAAGUAAAAAUUUCGUUGCUCUUACAGCCUGUCUUGUUUUUGAGAUUAGAACAAACGAUGACAGGCUCGUUGGACCAGUAUCGUACAUCGACCAUAUGGGAGAUUCGGUGCUGGGCUAUUGGUUGCCAGUUCGUUGCACUUCUCGUCAAACGCAAGUCCGCUUCAACCUGGUCGAGCCAUUUAGCACGUUGGGCCACUCUAUUCCUGAUGUCGGCGGGUUUCUUGAAGAGAACAGUCACAGUCGUCUGGCAUCAUUGCGGCAUGGCCGGUCCACUAUAGUCUUCCAAUUUUCGCCAUUGAUACGCCUGCGCCACUCUCCGCUUUCCUUUUGUGCUCCGCCAAAAAUAGACCGCAAUACCUUUCGUUCAAACACGAGGAGUGCAUGUAAGCAAAGUUACAGUCUGAAGUCCGUAAAGGAUUACCGAUCUGAUUAGCGUUUUGUACAUUGGUAGCUUUGUGCGGCGGCGUAUGCUCCUUGAUCGAAGCGUCUUGCAGGGGAAAUGGUCCAGUUUGUAUGCGUCAUUGAAUCUCCUUACUCGUAUUGUUAUCCGCGGUGGCCAGAGAUCCUAAAUAUAUGAACUCAUCAAUCAUUUCCAGUUCAUUGCGUCAAUAGUCACUGUCCGUGGGAGACGAACAUUAUUUUCCCUGGAGCCUGUUUCUACCAUGUAUUUAGUUUCCGGCCAUUGAUUUGCAACCCAAUCCUCUUAGCUUCCGUUUUUAGUCUGGUGUAGACUGCCUCCGUCGUUCCAAUGUUUCUAAUAAUGAUGUCAAGAUCCUCUGCGAAGGGUAGCGGUUGGCUACUCUUGCCGAAAAUCGUUCCUCUCACACCUUCAAUAACCGUUCGCAUUCGACUGUAUCGUGUAUCAACAAAAAUAUGAGGUGGCUAUGUGGAUAUAUCUGCGUGCAGGCUAUGGGCUCGAUUACCGGUCUAUAAAUCACUUCCCUGUCGAUCUGGGCGUUCAUAUCUCCGAUAACGAGAUUGAUCUCACGUGACGAGCUAUGUUUCUCGUCGCCGGAUCUACCUUCGUGUGGACAGUGAUACGUUUAUGAUGGUCCAGUUGAAGAAACGACUACAGAAGAUCACACUCUGUCAGUAAUUUACUUUUGGAAUUUUUCUGUCUGUUAAGUAUUGAAAUGUUUUAAUCAAAUCUUCGUUAAAUAUGGUGGUAGCUCUGAAAAGGGCGGUUUUUGAAUGUAUCUUGAGGUCCAAAAAGGACGGUUUUGGCUAUGCUGGUAUUGGCGAUCGAAUCAGCAUCUUCUUGUGAUUUGUUGUUCUUCGUGUUUUUCCUAAACCUUUUCGCAAUUUACUUACAGCAACUGUUGAAUUUUCUUCUUGAAUCCGCUGUUCUAAUUUCGACUUUAGCAUGAACUCCGCAAAAGUCCUAUUCACUAAUAGUUGGUUGCAAAAUGUUGUCGAAAUUCAGUUCCCGGAUCAUGCUUUUUAAAUGUAUAUUGCACCGAAAUAAACGGGAUUGUAGAAAUAAAGUUUAUCGACAAUCCCGUUGCAAUUAAAAUAUUGAACCUUUUCAGUCGAAUUCACAAUACCGAUAUAUUAAUAAACCACAACCACAAACCUGACGAGCAAAUCCGGAGCACCGCCACAGCAGCAACAACGAAUUACCUUCGAGCUUCACCUCAAACCUGUUAACACUGUUAAAGCUAACAGAAUAAUUACAAGAUUCGUCGUGACUACAUUGCCGUGUAUUCAAUCAAACAAAACAAAACAAAAAAAGCAUUCUUGGUGUUUAAUUUGCUCUUUCAGUCUCGUCAGUCAGCACACUUUGAAAAAAUCAUCAUCACAAUCGCUGUGUAAACGGUUAUUUAAGGGUCUCCAUGAGAAAUUAUUAAAAAAAAACGAGUUGUACAACUUUUACCAUUAUAGCUAUAGAGCGAUCGCUAAACGUUCAACAGAGGAACCGUUAAUGUACAGUACAGUAGUGGAACGAUACGGGGCGUCUCAGAAAGUGUAAUUAACAGACUAAAAACUUCUAUAGGAAAAAAAUCAGAAACAAAUGUCUUGAACGGUAAACAUUAUUGAGCGAAUACAUCGUGAUAUUUUUGGCCAGGGAGUAACAAAAUAUGUCGUACAUUGUUGUAUUACUGUCGAUAGGUUAGCAGCUAUAAAUGCAGAUCAAAGACAAACAAGCAAACAGGUAAACUGCAGUUGUUUACAGAUUCUAUGAAUGAAUGUUUCCGUUCGUUGUCGGCAAGCAGCAACCAACUAUUCCAAAUUUUACACCUGCUGUUGCAAGUUAUGUGUAAAUCGCAUUACAAUGGUUGAUAGACGGUAAAGAGAUAAACAUUUACAAAACAAUUAGUGAUAUAUCUAACACGCUGAAGCGAAUGAGACUAGUUUUCUAGUUUAAGACUUUCUAGAUAGGUUUAAAAUGUAACGAACACUAAAAUCAAGCAUGCAACCAUGUAAUCUAAUAUUACAAAUCUACUAGCGUUAAGAAACCAGCAGAUGUACUUACGUUUUGAGCAAAUCGAUUGAAAAAUUAAAAAUUAAAAGUAAAAAAAACAUUUACCUAAUGACAGCAUUUACGAUCAUUAUCAAAUUGUCGACAGAAUGGAACUAAUGGAUCGAACAACCCACACGAAUUCUUCGUUCAGUGGCCAUAAAUGUCGGUUAGUGUACAUAACAUAUACAGAUUUGAUGGUUUUAAGCGAACACGUUAUGCACACAACACCCUCUUGCAUGCAUGAAAAAAAAACAUUAGCAUCCAGAAUAUUUUAUCCCAUUGUGGUGUAAUGUUUGGAAUGUUGAAGAUUUACUGCUAAAACUGGCAAAAAAUGCAUCAAAAAAGUUUAGCGAAAAAUCUCUUGUAUAGACAGACAUACUCAGCCAUCCAACUUCGCUGCUGCACAAUUAAGCGCGUUUCUAUUGUAGAACAACAAAACAAUAAGAGCCUGUUCAGUUGUGAACAGAAAAAAAUGAACACGCCUAUUUGAAAAGCGCGGUGUACAGAAGAAAUUUUGUUCUCUAGUGUGUAUAGGUUAAAUUAGGCCUUUAAAAUCUACUUCACAAUGUACAAAAUAAGUUCGUUUCAUUGGGAGGCAUUUGCUGCUGAAUACAUUGUUGCAGUAUUUUAAAACAAAAAGGGUGACGUUUUUAAUCAAACCCCGAAUUGACUAUAUUUUCUCUGGAUGUUAUUUCAAGUGUUUAUCAAUAUCUUUGUGAGUAUUAAUAGAGAUCAGUCUUUCUGUAUUACACAUCAAUCGUUUCAUUAUAUAAAUAUAAAGAAAAUUACAAGAUAAUAAGUGUUAUGGCAAAAACCAGCAGCAACAGAAAAACAAAAAAAUACUUGAACAUUGUAGUAAGUAAACGAACAUUAUUCCUAGAAUGAAGAAGCAGUCGAUGAAAUCAGAAACCCCCGAACUAUAAAGAAAAAAAUCAAACAUAAUUACAAAUUAAACGUCAUUGUCAAAACUUACACACAGGAGAACUGUUUCCGACACGAAAUGAAUGGCUUUAGCACAAUCAAGUCUAUCUCGGUUGUGUACGGUUACUGCCGGAGAAGUUAAAAUACGGUUCCAUGAAAAAAAAAAACUUCUGAUGUUUUGAUUGGAUAUUAAUUAGAUAUCGUCAGAUGGGCGUGUAAAAAAUACUUAGAUUAUCUAAGCUAACUAGCAGAGAAUACACUUCAACCAGUCAAACGUGUAAAAAGCAUUCGGGCAGGUGGGCGCCACUAGGGUGACAGGGUUUAAUUGGAGCUCUUUGUUUUUUCGAUUGUUGUAUCAUUGAGAGUUGUUCUCCUAGAGUUUCGAGCCUAAAUCUUGAACAAAUUUGUUGAAAAUUCAGUCCGUCUCAAAAUUAGCUUUGAUCAAAAGUCAAAGUAAGCAACACAAUGCUUAAUUGACCCGCGCACUUUGCGCAGUAAAAAAAAUUAUGAUGAAUCAACCUAACAGUGAUCAGUGAUGUCUUCCACACAUAGCUCCAUAUCAUACCUUAUUCGGCUAUGUCUAUCCUAGCAAAUGAGCUGCAGAGAAAAGUUUGAUCACCCUUCUUUGUGCUUUGAAACGAGCUACUUGUUCCGUCUCAUAAGCGAGAGAAAUACUUAAAUAACUAAAAUCCAAUUUCUUAGAUUACCGCGAAAUUUAACAAUCACUUAAUAGACUAUUGCCUUCUAAAUGGUCAUUGAGAUGGCCUUUAUAACCAAUGUUCGCUUAGGAAACUUUUGUUUGAAGACGAUUGUCAUCGGCAAAUUUGUUCAGCAUUAACACUUAAAUGCUCUGUAAUUCGAUAUUUCUUAAAGCUCUAGUAGAUGCUGGAAGCUGGAAGAAACGUUCAGCUAGCUGUGCAUUCGCUGAUUAUCGUUUUUAUUGAGCUUAAAAUUUCAGAAGGAUUUAUUCACGGUGAUCAGGAUUUGAAAAAUCAAUUAGCCUUCUCGAAAUAAAAAAAAACCGUUAUCGCCCUAAUGCGCACCUGUAAUGGGUGAGAGACUAAAAGAAGAAAGCAAAAUGUUCAAAAGGUAUAUGAAUAAAUAGGUAUAUGAU